UAAGCGGCGCAUAGAAUUGCUGCCGUUGCUCUUCAUUAGAUUGCAUUGGACUCGAUACGCAGAGGCGGCCUCUUCUGCCGGUCUGCGGAUGUCCUGCCGUGUGCCGUGUGCUGGCAUAGCCUAGGUCCUGGGUGGAUCGCCUCAUUACUUCAAAUACGGCGGUGUCCGCCCGAUUUAAUUAUGCCGUCGCCCGACAACUGGCCGCCAUCCUCCGGAUUCCCAGGCGUAGCAUCGGCCCCGGUUAUAAUUCAAAACCGGACAACGCACCGGCCAGAGGCUCAGUUGCCAUUUGUCCGCCGUGUGAACUGGACCAGAGAUCGCCAGAAACUAGGAGACCGAAUCACUAAGGAUAUCCAGGAUGUUGUCGCCAGUGUCCUCGGUGGGUGUCACUCCCAGGAGCUGGACCCUGUGCGGUGCCGUGCUCCUCUUCGUCCUGCCGAUGAUCCCCAUGCCGGAGGCUCUGCAGCACACCGAGGAGGGUCUGGAACUCCUCUUUCGGGAGCGUUCCCAAUCGGACUGGGAGAAUGUGUGGCACCAGGAGACCCAUUCCCGUUGUCGGGACAAGCUCGUCCGGCAAUUGUACUGGGCCUGUGAAAAGGACAUCUACCGCCUGACGCGACGCAACAAGAAAAGGACAGGAAAUGACGAGUCCUGGAUCAAGAAGACCUCCAAAGACCCCAAUGGCUCCACCUGGUUGCACGUGAACUUCGCCAACAUGUUCCUGCGGAGUCGCCGCUCGGACGCCCCCUCGAUCACGAACGAGUGCUGCUCGAAGCCGGGCUGCACCUGGGAGGAGUACGCCGAGUACUGUCCGUCCAACAAGCGGCGGAACCACUACUAACCGGACGAUAUCCUUCCUCCGAAUAUCCAUUAAUGCGUAAAUCUAAAUAUUCGAUCGCUUUUUUUUGUGGCUGUUGUGGGUGUUGGUGUUGGUGUUGAUGUUCUUGUUGUGGUGCGAAAAUAAACAAUAAAAAUACAAUUUUUUGGGUUCACACAAAAAAAAGAAACACUUUACUAAUGGUAGACUAUUUUUUACACUAUUUGGGAGUUAGUUUCUACUACAGACUAGGGUCUACGACAACGAGAGGGGAAGACACAAGCAGAAGGGACUUUGUAACAUUAUUUUCGGAAAAGUUGUUUUCAAAUUCCAUGAGUUCUUAAUCACAGAUUAUAACAGUUUCAUUCAACGAACUAUAAUCCUUCUUCAAUCAUUUCAUUUGGUUUAUAUAAUAUUCUUUUUUAUAUUUUUGUAAUUAACGCACAUCGAUAAUGGUAGAAAGUUCAAAUUCCAUUUAUAAGUCUGAUAUAAUAUUUGGAGCUUAGGCUACACAUUGGUUAUAGAUUUAAUAUUUGAGCUUAACUUAGGUUACAACAAUUAUACUUAGUUAGUACAUUUGUAUUAAAAAAAAAAAAUUACUUUGGUAAUUACAUUUUAAUUAACAAUUUUAGCUAGGUUUCUAAAUCCAAAAAAAAAAAUAAAAUUAAACUAAGUUCCUAGGGAAGGUUAAUUCGGAAAUUCAAAAA